UACUUUUAUUUUUUGAGGAGUGUGUAAUUUGUUUCAAAGUCUUUCAGUCUUGGGUCUCUGUUUCCUGCUUUAUUUCAGGACCACAAUGGGCACAGACAAUGGAAAUGUCUCCCAGGAAUUUCUCCUGUUGGGCUUUCCAGGCUCCCAGGCCCUUCAGCUCUCUCUCUUCAUGCUUUUUCUGGUGAUGUACAUCCUCACAGUCAGUGGUAACGUUGCUAUCUUGAUGUUGGUGAGUACCUCUCACCAGCUCCACACCCCCAUUUCCUGCCUCAUCACUCUGGUCUCCUACAUCUUCAUCAUUAGCACCAUCCUCAGGAUCCCCUCGGCCAGCGGCCAGAGUAAAGCCUUCUCCACAUGCUCCUCUCAUCUAACUGUGGUGUUGAUCUGGUAUGGAUCCACCAUCUUCCUUCAUGUCCGCACCUCAAUCAAGGAUGCCUUAGAUCUGACCAAGGCUGUCCACGUCCUGAACACUGUGGUGACUCCAGUUCUAAACCCCUUCAUCUAUACGCUACGUAACAAGGAAGUAAGAGAAACACUGCUAAAAAAAUGGAAGACAAAAUAAGUUGCUUCUAACAUAACAAAUCUCUAGUAAAUUAUGUCAAUAUAUAUACAGAGAUUCCAAGUAAGAAUAUGCAAAGACAAAGCCAA